AUGAGCACCCUCUCCAAUGCCUUCUCCUCGACCUCUCACGCGACAGCCAUAGUCGUUCCCGGACCGCCAACACUCGACAUCUCGUACAAGCAGCUCUACGCCGAUGUCUAUUCCUUCCAGCAGAAGCUUGCGAAGCUCGGCAUAUCCGCUGGCGCCGCCGUCUCGAUCGCUCUCCCGAACAGCUAUCCCUUCAUCGUCGCCUUUCUUGCAGCAGCAUGGCAACGAGGCAUCGCAGCGCCGUUGAACCCAGCCUACAAACAGAGCGAGUUCGAAUUCUACAUUGACGAUUUGUCGUCAUCAUUGGUAUUGGUGCCGCAGGGUCAGGCAAAUGGACCGGCUGUGAAAGCUGCGAAAAAGUACAACGCUGCAGUGGCAGAGUGUUAUCAAGAUCCGAGGACGAAUGAGGUGGUACUUGAUGUGAAGGAUAAUGGCAAGCUGGCGGGAAAGGGGAAUCAACCUGUCGAAAAAGCACAGCCAGAUGAUACUGCCCUCGUGCUGCACACCUCGGGCACGACAGGUCGACCGAAGGCUGUUCCACUCUCGCACAGGAACCUGACAAGGACGAUGCAGAAUGUCAAGAAUACAUACAGCCUUUCCUCCGCCGAUCGAACCAUGCUCGUGAUGCCGCUCUUCCACGUUCACGGUCUCCUCGCUGGCUUCCUCGCUCCUCUCUCAUCUGAGGGCUCCGUGAUCGUGCCUGGAAACUUCAGCGCAUCGACAUUCUGGAAACAUUUCGUCCAGCACAAAGCAAACUGGUACACCGCGGUCCCUACAAUUCACCAGAUUCUGCUCAAGAGCCCGAACCUUUGGCCCAAACCGAUGCCCAAGAUCCGCUUCAUUCGCUCCUGCAGUUCUCCCUUGUCUCCAAAGACAUUCCACGACCUCGAGGCAGCGUUCAACGCUCCAGUACUGGAAGCAUACGCCAUGACCGAAGCCGCUCAUCAAAUGACUUCCAACCCAUUCCCGCCUGCGAAGAGAAAGCCCGGCUCUGUCGGAAUCGGACAAGGUGUUGAAGUCAAGAUUCUCGACCAGAACGGCAAGGAAGUGCCACAAGGAAGCGAAGCAGAAAUUUCCAUUCGUGGACCAAACGUUACGAAAGGAUAUAUCAACAAUGAUAAGGCGAACAAAGAAUCUUUCACCAAGGAUGGAUUCUUCAGGACAGGCGAUCAGGGCAAGAAAGACGAGGACGGAUAUGUCAUCAUUACAGGUCGCAUCAAGGAGCUCAUCAACAAGGGAGGAGAGAAGAUCAGUCCGAUUGAGCUUGACAACGUCCUGGCGCAGCAUCCUGCCGUUGCGGAAGCUGUGUCUUUCGCGAUGCCAGAUGAAAUGCUUGGGCAGGAGGUCGGCGUGGCAAUUGUGCUGAAAGAGGGAGGCAACGGUGUAGAUGAAGAGGGUGUGAAGGCUUUCAUGAGGGAGAAAGUCGCAAAUUUCAAGGUACCGAAGAGGGUCUUCUUCACCAAGGUCAUGCCGAAGUAAGUUAUAUCUCUGUCUUGUGGGUCACGAUGAAUGCUGACGCUCUUGCAGGACUGCGACCGGGAAGAUUCAAAGAAGAAUGGUGGCGGAGGCUAUGUUGCCGGCGAAGGCGAAGUUGUAG